CAGAGAAUAUGCUUAGCUUGUAAUUAUCAGGGUUGUGGAAAGCUAGAACCUAAAGGAUGAAGCCAAUUGUUGUAUUAAAACUCAAAAUGCAAGUUUAUGGCUUCUGCCUAGCACUAUGGCUUGUUGGAGUUCUACUAAUGACAUUCAACUUCUCUAGUGGCAUAAUGGUUGUCGAUAGCAAUACAAUGACAAUGACAAGUAGAAAUCUGAAGGAAAUCAGAUAUGGUUUCAAGUUUGCUCAGGUAAUUUCAGAUGGUGACGUGAGCUUGGAAGACUAUCGCCCUGUUGAUCCAAGCCCAAGUCAUUCCAAGGCUUCUGUAAAACAUGGACCUAUUCAGCAUGGUGCUCCUUCACAUCCUUACAUUCCAACACCAAAGCCUCCGCCUCCAGCUCCUAAUCCCUUUGACCAUGAUGGAUCGCCUUAACCUGUAAAAGUCGUCAGCUUAGCAUCUGAUCUUAAGAAAGGUAAAAAAAAAAAAAAAAAAACAUAAUGUUGUCUGAUAUUUUGAUGUUUGUAUUCUUUUCACGGAUGCCUAAUGUAUAUCUCCUUCGAGUGUAACAUCUACUUCAGAAACAAUUUGAAAA